AGACACUUUUUUUGCCUUCUCUAAAACAUGUCAGAUGUUUUUUUUACAAAUUUUAUAAAGUGUAAUAAGUUUCUGAAAACGAUCGAAACUGCGCAGAUGAGGCAGCAUCAUGGUGUAUAUCGACCAUAAUGGCCGCGUGUGGGAGAAACGACCCUGGGAUUGGAGACGAAUAGUUAAAUUGUUUUUGGGGAUAUGGUUUGCCAUCAAGCAUUUGCUUGCGAGCUUCCUUGCACCUUUUAACAGCAACGAUAACUACAAUUCUCAACGCAGAAAUACCUGGGACAGGUGGGGUGGAGGUGGAGGUGGUGGUGGUGGUGGAGGAGGUGGCGGAGGAGGUGGCAGUGGAGGUGGGGGUGGAAGUGGAUACAGCGCUGGCAACGGAGGACUAAGACCCAACCAGCGAAUAGGGCGAAUUCAAACCAUGACCUGCAAUGCACCUGCUGCGGGCGGCUGAGGAUAGUAGCGAUGUCCAGUCCCAUCUAUUGGGCGGAUGUCGCGCCAAUCCAAAGAUGAUCAUGUUAAACUGCUUCACCAUGACCCGGCCGUGACGUUCCAUUUCGUCCCUGUGACGUUUAUGACGUGGUGUUUCUAAACUCUAAGCUGAGCGGAAUACUGCCAAACAAUGGAUCAGUGAUUCCUGGGUUGCAGUACUAGGUCGUCAACUUUUUAACCACCAUUUAUGGUUAAAUUUAUCAUUUUUAUAUCGAAUGUUUAUUUUAUUAAUUGUUUGUAAUAUUGUAAUAUUAGCAUCAAUUUAUAUGUACUUUUUUCCAAUACCUAUAAAUAUCCUAUUCUAAAAAUAAUACCUGCAGAUAUUCCUAUAUAAUAUGCAAUACCCGCUUGUAAAAAUAAAGGUUUAGUGCUAUUAGACUUAUAACAA